AUGUACUUGGUAUACAAUUAUCAAACUGGAUAUUGUGAGGGGUACAUUGGGAUACGUAUAUUUGUAACUCUGCUCUCUCUCUCUCUCUCUCUCUUUCUCUCUUUCUCUUUAUCUCUUUCUCUCUCUCCUUCUCUCUCUCUUUAUCUCUCUCUCUUUGUCUCUUUGUCUCUCUCUCUUUCUCUUUUUCUCUGUCUCCUUUUCUCUCUCUCUUUCUCUUUUUCUCUGUCUCCUUUUCUCUCUUUCUCUUUCUCUCUCUCUCUUUCUGUCUCUCUCUAUCUCUCUCUCAAUAAUAAUAAUAAUAAUAAACUAUAUUUUCUAUUUGCACGCUUUUUCUUAGCUAGCUAUCACAGUCCGUUAAUUAUCUAUCUAUCUAUCUAUCUAUCUAUAGACCCUGUUGUUCUUAACUCUCACUCUAUUCUCUAUUCUCUAUCUAUCUAUCUAUCUAUCUAUCUAUCUAUCUAUCUCAGUCGAUUGAUCUAUCUAUUUGUCUAUCUAUCUAUCCUAUCUCAGUCGGAUGAUUCUCUCCUCUCUUUUUCAGUCUCUCCUCUCUUUUCUGUUUCUCCUCUCUUUUCUGUUUCUCCUCUCUUUUUCAGUCUCUCCUCUCUUUUCUGUUUCUCCUCUCUUUUUCAGUCUCUCCUCUUUUUCUGUUUCUCCUCUCUUUUUCAGUCUCUCCUCUCUUUUCUGUUUCUCCUCUUUUCAGUCUCUCCCUCUUUUCUGUUUCUCCUCUCUUUUCAGUCUCUCCUCUCUUUUCUGUUUCUCCUCUCUUUUUCAGUCUCUCCUCUCUUUUCUGUUUCUCCUCUCUUUUUCAGUCUCUCCUCUCUUUUCUGUUUCUCCUCUCUUUUUCAGUCUCUCCUCUCUUUUCUGUUUCUCCUCUCUUUUUCAGUCUCUCCUCUCUUUUCUGUUUCUCCUCUCUUUUUCAGUCUCUCCUCUCUUUUCUGUUUCUCCUCUCUUUUUCAGUCUCUCCUCUCUUUUUUUAGUCUUUAUUCUUUUUUCUGUCUCUCCUCUUUUUUCAACCUCUCAUCUCUUUUUCUGUCUCUGCUUUUUUUCAACCUCUUCUCUCUUUUUCUGUCUCACCUCUCUCUUUCAUUUUUUUUUACAUUCUUCCUUUCUUUCUUUUUUGUGUCUUGUUUUUUUCUCUUUUUCCCUUACUUUUCUCAUGUUUUUCUUUAUUUGACUGUUUCUUUCUUUCUUUCUUUCUUUCUUUCUUUCUUUCCUUCAUUCUUUCUUUUAAUUCAUUUUCUUUCUUCGCUUUCUUACAUUUUUAAGCUAUUUUCUUUCACUUUCUUUUUAUUCAUUUACUUUCUUCUCACUUUCUUACUUUUGAGCCAUUUUCUUCAUUUUUCUUCUUGGAUAUCAUUUUCUUUGUUUUAA